UUAGUUUUUGCCUUACAAGAACGUCCACCUCAUUUCAAAAGACUCAACACAAAAACGGAUGUGACUUAACUUGACUUGUAAUGAUCAAAAGAGAGCCAAUAGAUUUUCAGAGUUCGAACUAAAUAAAUUAAAUAAUUUGGUGGCCACCUAGUGUGCAGCAGCAACACUUUAUUUAACAUCGCCAUCAGCAACAACGUCAUCAACAGAAAAUAAGAAUUAAGAACCAUAACUCCCAUUGAAAAUGGUUCGAGAAAAUCGCGGCCAUGCUCUGGAAACUCUACCGGACAUCCACCCCUAUGAAGUAGAUCAGAUCUCCACAGGAAGCAAACGGUUUGAACGGUUCUCACAACCCUGGAAAGAAGGGAUCACAUGCGCUGGUGCAGACUCUGACUGUCUUCGCAGGAAUGUCAAGUACUUUGUCUCACAACGACCGUCUGUGUUUUUCUAUGAUGGCCGCGCUACCAAUCAGCUGAUCGCAGAUGAUUUCUUGCGAGACCCCUGUAAAUAUUACAGAAACAUUUAUCCAUGGAAACCAGUUGGACCUAAAGCUUUUAUUCCAGCUGUUGGCCAUUACGAGGGGCUUGGAAAACCGCCAGUUAGGCAAUACUUUAAGAUCACGCCCAAACAAGUGCAAGAGACAAGGACCAUGCCGACCUACGAGGUCUACAAUUUCAGCGACUCAUGCCAUUACUACAAAGACACUGUCUAGAUCAUGUCUAGAUCGUGUCAUAUCAGAGACUAGUGCUAGGUGAACCUAAGUGAAGGCCUUGUGUAAUUAAAACUGCUAUCUCCU